AUGGUCACUGUCAGGUGUGAUGUGCGGGGAGGAGGAGACACUGAGUGGACAUACAGCUGGUAUAAGAAUAAUCACGCUGUUCACACAUCCAACACAUCUCAGGAGUAUAAAAUCAGAUCUAUAACAGAGUCUGACAGUGGUAAAUACACCUGCAGAGGAGAGAGGAGGGGAAACUCUGAGGGAUCAGAGAUCAGUGAUGCUUAUCCUUAUAUUUCCUGUGUAAAAGCCAAGGCAGUGCUGAGUGUGUCUCCACAGAACUGGAUAACUGAAGGAGACACAGUGACUCUGAGGUGUGAUGUCAGAUACUCUUCUACAGGCUGGAACUUUAGCUGGUAUAUCGUUCCCAGCUCCUCAGACAGCAGCAGAGAGUCUGGAGGAUCCUACACAAUCAGCCCUGCUGCUGUUUAUCACACUGGACUUUACUGGUGCAAUGCAAAGAGAGGAGAACAACCCUAUACCACAUGGCACAGCAAUCUAGAGCAUCUAUUGGUCACCGCUUCUUCUCUUUCAGCAUCUCUGAUCGUCAGGCCCAGCAGAUCUCAACACUUCGCUGAUGACCCUCUCUUACUGAUCUGUGAGGGACAGAGUGACUCUACUGGAUGGAGAGUGAGAUGGUACUCACACAGUAAGAGAAAGGUGUCAGAGGUGUCAGAUUGUUCAUCAGACUGGGGAUCAGUUACAGGAUCUACAUGCAGCAUCAGCUCCCUCUCCACUGAUGACACUGCAGUGUACUGGUGUGAGUCUGAGUCUGGAGGGAGCAGCAAUGCUGUCACCAUCACAAUAGUAUUGUAAUUCUGGAGAGUCCUGUUCAUCCUGUGACUGAGGGAGCUCCUCUGACUCUAGGCUGUUUACAGCGUAGCACAAGGCCCUCAGACCCCAUAGCUGAUUUCUAUAAAACUGGAUUAUUUCUCCAAACCUCAGCUACAGGAUGGAUGACCAUCCCUACUGUCUCAAAGUCGGAUGAAGGUCUCUACCGGUGUGAAUUCAGAGGGGAAAGACCGUCUCAAUCGAGCUGGAUCUCAGUCAGAGUAUUUCCAGGUGCAUCUGCUUCAGGAGCUCCAUGCUCAGUGCUCCAUCUGCUCAGUUUUUCAAUGGCAGUGUCUCCGUAUCUGUUGGUGACCAUCAUACUGGGGGUCAAAUGCUACAGAGCUCGAGCUAAGCCUGGUGAGGUGGAUGCAGCACAUGCAGUGAUAGAAGCUGAAGAUUCUCUUUGAGUGUUGGAGAUUUUACAGUAAAGCUAUAAUCAUGUGCUUUAUAACGUUAAGUAUGGCUAAGAAGCGCUUUAUUUUGCAGGCUUUUAGGAGCUCUGACAUUAUGCAACAUUUAGCAGGAUUGAUUUAUAAACUGUGUUAUUGUGACAGCUUAAAAAAAUAGAUACUACAGAAAAUAUUUGAUUACAGUAUGUGUUUUUUGUUAUAGCUAAAGAAUGCUUUCUAUUUCAUAAAAUAAUUGUUUAUGCUUCUACUUACUUUAAAUAAAUUCUAAAAGUAUUCUUUUUUA